CCAGUCUGUUGUUUUUGUCGUUAGGCUGAGUUUCUUAGAGAGAGGGGGGGGGGUGAAGUGAAGUGACUUACCGCCAGAGCAUGUCGUGUAGAAAUGCUCCCAGAAAACAAUGUCAUUGUUGGAUCGGGUUUCUGCAGGAAUGGCGAGUGAGCAUUAUCUUUCAGGCCACGAGUAGUGGAUAUCAUGGAUACAGCAUACCCAGUGCCGGUGCAUCAGAUGCCGUCUCGUUAUGCGCAACCCAGUCGUCGAGUUCCGCUUUGGUCAAGAACUGUGUGUAAAGUCAGAC